AUGCAGUCGCCAAGGGAGAGGAGUGAAGUGCGACCCCGAGCUGGAUGGAUGGUUAUGGGGAAAAGAGGAAGACCCUCGGCGCUUGACGUGUGCAGAGUCCUCGCCGUGUUUCUCGCACUCUUCCCCGCCGUGAGUCUGCAGUGCAAGAUCCUGAAGUGUAACUCCGAAUUUUGGGCCUCCACCUCGAACUCUGGACCGGAGGAGGAGUUUUGCACGGCGCUGCGGGCGUACAACAGCUGUGUACGCCGGACGGCACGUACCUGUAGGGGGGAUUUGGCGUACCACUCCGCCCAGCAUGGCAUAGAGGAUCUCAUGAGCCAACACAACUGUUCCAAGGAGGGGCCGACAUCCCAGCCACGCGCCCGCAUCCCGCUUCCUCCUCCGACCCCGCCACUCCUCCCUGACAGUCAGGAACGCUCCGAUGGCCCCGAAGUGUGCCACUACGAGCGCAGCAUUUCACGCAACACAGCGCCACCCAACUACACCCACUGCGGCUUCUUUGGAGACCCACACCUUCGCACCUUCGGCGACGACUUCCAGACGUGUAAGGUGGAGGGAGCAUGGCCGCUCAUCCACAACAAAUACCUGUCCGUCCAGGUGACCAACACUCCGGUAGUGCCGGGUUCUCUGGCCACUGCCACAAGCAAGCUGACAAUCAUCUUUAAGAAUUUCCAGGAAUGUGUGGACCAGAAGAUGUACCAUGCAGAGACAGACGAGCUGCCAGCUGCAUUCGCAGACGGCUCGAAGAACGGAGGGGAUCGGCACGGCGCGAACACUCUGCGCGUGGUGGAAAAGGUUCCCGGGCAGCACGUGGAGAUUCAGGCCAGGUACAUUGGAACAACCAUAGUGGUCCGGCAGGUUGGCCGCUACCUGACGUUUGCCGUGCGGAUGCCAGAGGAAGUUGUGAACUCUGUGGAGGAAGGCGAUAACCAGGACUUGUACCUGUGUCUUCACGGCUGUCCCGCCAACCAGCGCAUCGACUUCAGGAACUUCCGGGCUCGCGCAGCAGAGGCCCACAGCGCAGGCAGGGCCAGGAGCGGCGCCGGGGCACAAGGCUUUACCUACCAGUCUGCUAAGGCCAAGUGCAAAGAGCGGCUCCCAGUGGAGGACCUGUACUUUCAGUCCUGCGUGUUCGAUCUCCUCUCUUCUGGAGACAUAAACUUCACCAUGGCAGCCUACUACGCCUUCGAGGAUGUAAAAAUGCUCCACUCAAACAGCAAGAGAUACCACAUCUUCGAAAAGGAUGCCUUUAUGAGCAGCGCAGCACAGAGGGGCCAAAGUGUGCUUUCACUCUUCCUCUUCAACCUCCUCGCCGUCUUAUUGUGGAUUGAGUGCUGCACAGUUCAUCUAUAGUCCCUUUACAACAGUGUCCUCGUGGUGCAUCUGUCAGUGAGUGUCAGUACCAUCGCCGUGUCCCACAUUGGCUGCUGUCUUCCGCUCUCGCUCUGUGACUUGACGGUGGCUUGCCAAUAAGGGUCAUCCCAGCCCCCCCGAGUCUCAUUUUCGUUGUACUGUCAUGUCGUGACAUCAGUCUAAUGACGAGGCAAGUUCACCGCGCUCCCACCUAUCAUCACGUGCAUUUAGCUGGUUCGUAGGACUGGUCUUUGAAGGGAGCAGCGGUGAGAGAGCCCGGCUACUCCAGAGCUCAGGAUAUCCACCUGGGAUUAAAUCCCACAUUCUCACCGGGGCUGCAUGCCUGUGUGAAGCCGGACAAGAUGAUCUUUUGCAGAAAGAGGAGUUCGCUGAUCCUCCCUCCCCCUGAUCCCCUCAUUGGUGCCAAGCCAGUGAAGCUCUCUGUGGCUCAUGUGGCGAAGCGAGAGGACCUGACAGGGGCUUUUGUUAACCUAAGGCCAGAAGCAGCUCUAUGUUUGAUUAGUUUCCAGCUUUGGAAAAGCCUGAGCCUUUUUGGAGGAAGCACUCAGCCAAAAGGAUGUCAGAGCAGCGUCUCCAGUUGUCUGCUGUGGAGAUUAAUGGGUCAUAUUGUUAGAUUAUGUGUGUGUGUGUGUGUGUGUGUGUGCGUUAGUACAAUAUGUGUGCAGAAAUCCACGUCUGUGGUUAAUUUUGUGUGUUUGUGGGUGCAGGAGUUCCCAGAAAUGAGAUAACCAACCUCCACUGGGAGAAAUCUUUCCCAUGUUUUUAAUGUCGCACCCAAAAUUUCAGAAAUAGAAAAAGAUGAGGCGCUCCACAGUCUGUUCAAACGGACUCUAUCAGCCAAGUAGCAAAUCCCAAAAGGGGACCGAUAAAAAUAAUCCCUUUUCAUCUGUGCGUCAUUUUAUGUGUCAUCCAGCCUUUCACGCCAUUGUUUGAGCUGACACGCCGAUCAGACAGCGUUUUGUGUUUUAAGUCUGUAAUGUGAAUGUAGCCAACAAGAGCAAAAGAACAACGUUCGUUAAGGGCACUCGAGAGUGUUUACAGAAUUUAGAUCACAACCAAUCAAACUGCGACGCCUCUUUUGAUAGCGUUUUGUGAAUUUAACUCUCCAUUUCAAGCCUCGGUUGUGGCCCAGCAGUGGUGUAGAUACUGUGUACUAGCUGUAAAGACGUCGCCUCUAGUCGGUUUAGCAUUUUAUAGACUACCAGUGUGCUGACCUGACUGUGGCUCAGCGCGUAAAUGAUAAGCAUAUGUCUGUAGACGUGAUUUCAUGGCUUAAGUCAUUGCCAAAGAACAAGCCCUCGUGCCAACACCCCCCCCCCCCCCC